AUGUCUUUCGACAUCAAUUGGGACAAAUUAAGGAGUGAUGCCGAAAUCAGCAACUCGAUUAAGGAGUUUCUCCAUGAGCAACUUCAGAACUUGACCUUGCCGUCUUAUAUUUCGAAUUUACAAGUUGUGGAAUUUAGCUUAGGUGAUAUCCCACCAGAGAUUACGAUACGACACAUUGGCGAUCCUUUCCCUGAUUUUUAUAAUGCUGAGGAUGAUGAUGUACUGAAGGAGGAAGAAGAAUUCCCCUUUCCAAAUGACCAGCAAAAGGGUAGUGAAUCGGACGAUGAAGAGGAUGAAGAAUAUGACGACGACAAUACCCAAGACAAACUAUCUACUAUUGCAGAAGGUAUAUCGAUGCUUGACGUUUCCGAUGAACAAUACACUUCGCAACACCCAACACAGAUAUCAAAUUCAGGAACUUUUUGUCCUCCCGCUCUCAAUCGGUCCAAAGAGUCAUUCCAAUCAGUGUUACACCCGUACGGAAUGAGCGGUAUCCUUGGUUCAGCUAAUGCAACUGGUGGGGGGACUGGUACAGAAACGCCGACACAUAUACUAAAUCCUAACAUUUUAUCUUCUCGAGUCAUUCCGAAAAUUUCAAGCAAGUCCGAGACCAAAAACCAAUCAAAGGCAGGAGUAAAUGAUAUCCAAUUCAUUGUUGAGAUCAAUUACAAGGGAGAUAUGCACAUUGAUUUGUUAGUUACUUUACUUGUGAAUUACCCAUCGCCCAAAUUCAUUUCCUUACCUAUUAAGCUUCACGUCACGGAUUUGGUAAUCCAUUCCAUCGCUACAAUAGCGUACCUCAAUAAUUCAGUAUAUCUCUCGUUUUUAUGUGAUGUGAAUGAUGACUUUGAUGGUCUUGGCUCGAAUGCCUCCACGCCUGGUGGAAAUAUCGUCGAUUAUUACUUCCAUGAUCAACAUAACAAAGAACGUAUUGACAUUAUAAAGAAGAUCAAGAUUGAGAGUGAAAUUGGAGAAGUUGAGAAUAACGUGUUGAGAAAUGUUGGUAAAGUGGAAAAGUUUUUAAUGGAGCAGCUACGAGGAAUAUUGAGAGAUGAGAUUGCAUGGCCGAGCUGGAUAUGUAUCGAUAUGAGUGAUAAUGAAGAUUAUGAGAGUUUGUAG